UGACUCUCAUCAGGUUGGAUAAAGUAGGCCUGACACAGCACCUCUGCAUAGACCCAGGGGCUGAGUUUCGUCUGCUUUUCAGGAGCAUGUCAGCCUGCAGCUCCUCAGCCUCCUUGCCCAGGAAGAAGGAGAUGGUAACAUCUUUGACCCUCCCAGGAAGCAGACCAAUGAGUCCAGAAGAACAGAUUGAUGUGAUGUUACAGCAGGAGAGGGAAAUAAAAAAUAAAGAAACCAAACCAUCUGAAUCAGACUUGGAGAGAUACUAUUACUAUUUGACCAAUGGAAUCCGAAAAGACAUGAUUGCCCCCGAGGAAGACAAAGUGAUGGUCCGGAUUUCAAAGCUGAUUUCUAAUACUCUGCUGACAAGUCCCUUCCUGGAACCCUUGAUGAUCAGCCUUGUGGAAGAGAAGGACAAUGACUAUUACAGUAGCCUCAUGAAAAGCAUUGUUGAUUACAUCCUCAUGGACCCAAUGGAGAGAAAAAGGCUCUUCAUCAAGAGCAUCCCCCACGUGUUUCCUCAAAGAGUGAUCCGGGCCCCUGUGCCCUGGCACAGUGUCUACAAGAAUGCCAAGAAGUGGAAUGAGGAGCAUCUGCACAUGGUGAACCCCAUGAUGCUCAGCCUGAAAGAACUGUGGUUUUCAGAAUUUAGAGACCUCAGGUUUGUCCGAAGAGCAGAAUUACUGGCGGGAAAAUUGCCUCUGCAGCCUCACGAGUAUCAGGAUGUGAUCCGGAAACACUGCAUGGAAGCGCGCCAAGUACUUCUCGACAAGUGGAUCCCCGCCUGUGCCCAGCUUUUUGUCUCACGGAAGGAGCAGUGGGUCCAUUUUGCUCCCAAGAGCAGCUAUGACUCCUCUCGGAACAUUGAGGAAUAUUUUGCUUCUGUUGCAUCCUUCAUGUCACUCCAGCUCAGGGAGUUGGUCAUUAAGUCUCUCGAGGACCUCGUUUCCCUCUUCAUGAUACACAAGGAUGGGAAUGAUUUCAAGGAGCCCUACCAAGAGAUGGAGUUCUUUAUACCUCAGCUUAUCAUGAUCAAACUUGAAGUCAAUGAACCCAUUAUUGUCUUUAAUCCAUCUUUUGAUGACUGCUGGGAAUUAAUACACAACUCUUUCUUGGAAAUUAUUAAAAGCUCUGAAGGGAUCCCCAAGGUGGAAUCUAUCCUGUUCCCGGAGUUGAAAGGAUAUAACCUGAUUCUUGGAACCGUUAACGCUGAAGAAAAACUGGUUUCUGAUUUUCUAGAUCAAACUUUCGAGGUAUUUCAGAAAAACCAAGUUGGCCCCCGCAAAUACCUAAAUGUAUACAAAAAGUAUGAUGACUUAUUGGAUAACAUGGCAGAGCAAGGGAUCACUGCAUUCCUAAAAGAAAAUCAUGAAAUUGAGGAUUUUGUGACGAGGAUCAAUAGCAUAAAAAAGCGGAGAAAUGAAAUCGCAUCCAUGCACAUUACCGUGCCUUUGGCCAUGUUCUGCCUUGAUGCCAUGACCCUAAAUUAUGAUCUCUGUGAGCGAGCCCAAAAUCUUAAAGACCGUCUGAUUCAAUUCCAAGUGGAUGUAAACCGGGACACCAACACCAGCAUUUGUAAUCAGUACAGCACCAUCGCAGACAAAGUCAGUGAGAUUCCUGCCAACACUGAGGAGCUGGUAUUCCUCAUUGAAUUCUUAAAGAAAUCCAGUGAUGUCACCGUGUUCAAACUCAGGAGGCAACUUAGAGAUGCAGCUGAACGGCUGGAGUUCCUGAUGGACUAUGCAGACUUGCCCCUGGAGGAUAUCAAACUGAACAGCAGUCUGUUCCUCUGGCCAGACCAGAUUGAAGAUAUCUUCGAAAACAGCCGAAACCUGCUCCUUAGCAAGAGGGAUCAGGCCGAGAUGGACCUCAUUAAAAGGUGCUCAGAAUUUGAGUCGAAACUCGAGGGCUACAACAAGGAACUAGAAGGUUUUAGGAAACGUGAAGUGAUGACUCCAGAAGAAACGAAGAACAAUGUUGAAAAGCUUAAUGAGCUUUCCAAGAACCUAGAUCAAGCACUGGUGGAAUUUGAGUUGAUCAAUAAGGAGGAGGAUCUGUUGGAGAAGGAGAAGAGCACCUUCCCUCUUCUGCAAACCCUGAUGACCAACAAAGUGCCUUAUGAGCAGCUGUGGGUGACGACCUAUGAGUUCAGCAUCAAGUCGGAGGAGUGGAUGAACGGACCCCUCUUUUUACUGAAUGCUGAGGAAAUCGCGGAGGAAAUAGGGAAUAUGUGGAGGACAAUAUAUAAAUUGACCAAGACCUUAGCUGACGUGCCUGCACCCCGGCGCUUAGCAGAGAAUGUGAAAAUCAAGAUUGAUAAGUUCAAGCAGCACAUCCCUAUCCUCAACGUUUCCUGCAACCCAGGAAUGAAAGACCGGCACUGGCAGCAGAUCAGUGAGAUUGUUGGCUGUGAAAUAAAGCCCACCGAAACGACUUGCCUCUCAAAUAUGCUGGAAUUUGGAUUCGGCAAAUUCAUUGACAAACUGGAGCCCAUUGGUGCAACCGCCAGUAAGGAAUAUUCUCUGGAGAAAAACUUGGAGAAAAUGAAGUUAGACUGGGUUAACACAACGUUCGGCUUCGUGAAGUACAGGGACACUGAUACAAGCAUCCUGUGUGCAGUUGAUGACAUUCAACUGCUACUGGAUGAUCACGUGAUAAAGACCCAGACCAUGUGUGGCUCCCCAUUCAUCAAACCAAUAGAGGCGGAAUGCCGGAAGUGGGAAGAAAAGCUAGUUCGUGUGCAGGAAAUUUUGGAUGCCUGGUUGAAAUGCCAAGCCACCUGGCUGUACCUGGAACCAAUCUUCAGUUCAGAGGACAUCAUAGCCCAGAUGCCAGAAGAGGGCAAGAAAUUUGCCAUCGUUGAUAGUUACUGGAAAUCACUCAUGUCCCAAGCGGUGAAAGAUACCAGAGUUCUGAUGGCAGCAGACCAGCCACGGAUGCUUGAGAAGCUUCAAGAAGCUAACCUUCUGUUGGAGGAUAUCCAGAGGGGGCUGAAUGAUUACUUGGAGAAGAAGAGACUUUUUUUUCCCAGGUUCUUCUUCCUGUCAAAUGAUGAGCUGCUGGAGAUCUUGUCAGAGACAAAGGACCCCCUCAGAGUGCAGCCCCACUUGAAGAAGUGCUUUGAAGGAAUUGCCAAGCUGGAGUUUACAGACAGUCUGGAGAUUGUGGGCAUGAUCAGCUCAGAAAAAGAAACUGUUCCAUUCAAACAGAAAAUCUCUCCAGCUCAAGCCAAAGGCAUGGUGGAAAAGUGGCUCCAGCAGGUGGAGCAGAUGAUGCUUGCCAGUAUGCAGGAAGUUAUUAGACUUGGGAUUGAAGCAUAUGUCCAGGUCCCUCGUAAUCACUGGGUCUUGCAGUGGCCUGGCCAGGUGGUUAUCUGUGUCUCCUCCAUCUUUUGGACCCAGGAGGUGUCCCAAGCCCUGGUUGAAAGGACCUUACCGGAUUUUCUGAAAAAGAGCAAUGAUCAGAUUGCAGAGAUUGUCCAGCUGGUACGAGGGAAGCUCAGCAGCGGGGCUCGACUCACCCUCGGGGCCCUCACGGUCAUUGAUGUCCAUGCUCGUGAUGUGGUGGCCAGGUUAUCUGAGGACAGCAUCUGUGAUCUGAAUGAUUUCCAGUGGAUCUCCCAGCUGCGCUACUACUGGGUGGCAAAGGAUGUGCAGGUGCAGAUGAUCACUACAGAAGCCCUGUAUGGCUAUGAGUACCUGGGAAACUCGCCCCGGCUGGUGAUUACGCCCCUCACCGACCGCUGCUACAGGACACUGAUGGGAGCUUUGAAGCUGAACCUUGGGGGAGCUCCAGAGGGUCCAGCUGGGACAGGCAAGACAGAAACCACCAAAGAUCUGGCCAAAGCUUUGGCCAAGCAGUGUGUGGUCUUCAACUGCUCAGAUGGUCUGGAUUACAAAGCCAUGGGAAAGUUCUUCAAGGGGCUGGCCCAGGCUGGAGCAUGGGCCUGCUUUGAUGAGUUCAACAGGAUUGAGGUGGAAGUGUUGUCUGUGGUAGCUCAGCAGAUUCUCAGCAUUCAACAAGCCAUUAUCCGGAAGCUAAAGAUGUUCAUCUUUGAAGGCACAGAGCUUUCUCUGAACCCAACCUGCGCUGUCUUCAUCACCAUGAACCCCGGGUAUGCUGGCAGGGCUGAGCUGCCAGAUAACCUCAAGGCCUUGUUUCGGACAGUGGCCAUGAUGGUGCCAGAUUAUGCCCUCAUUGGAGAAAUCUCUCUCUACUCUAUGGGAUUCCUGGACUCCAGAAGUCUUGCCCAGAAGAUUGUGGCGACCUACCGCCUGUGCUCGGAGCAACUCUCCUCUCAGCAUCACUAUGACUAUGGCAUGCGUGCAGUCAAGUCUGUGCUCACUGCUGCUGGCAACCUGAAGCUCAAGUACCCGGAGGAGAAUGAGAGUGUCCUGCUGCUCCGGGCCUUGCUUGAUGUCAAUCUGGCCAAAUUCUUGGCUCAAGAUGUCCCUCUGUUUCAGGGAAUUAUAUCAGAUUUGUUUCCUGGAGUUGUUCUUCCAAAGCCAGACUAUGAAGUUUUUAUGGAAGUACUGAAUGAGAACAUCCAAAAGAUGAAACUCCAGCCAGUACCUUGGUUUAUUGGGAAGAUUAUCCAGAUCUACGAGAUGAUGCUGGUAAGACAUGGCUAUAUGAUUGUUGGAGACCCCAUGGGUGGCAAGACCUGUGCUUAUAAAGUGUUGGCUGCAGCUCUGGGGGAUUUACACACAGCCAAUCAGAUGGAGGAGUUUGCUGUGGAGUACAAGAUCAUCAACCCCAAGGCUAUCACCAUGGGGCAGCUGUAUGGGUGCUUUGACCAAGCGAGCCAUGAAUGGACAGACGGAGUCCUUGCCAAUGCUUUCCGGGAGCAAGCGUCUUCAAUGUCUGAUGACCGCAAGUGGAUUAUAUUUGAUGGGCCAGUGGAUGCUGUUUGGAUUGAAAACAUGAACACUGUUCUGGAUGACAAUAAAAAGCUGUGCUUGAUGAGUGGAGAGAUUAUCCAGAUGAGCUCCAAGAUGAGUCUGAUCUUUGAGCCAGCCGACCUGGAGCAGGCCUCCCCAGCCACUGUGAGCAGGUGUGGGAUGAUCUACAUGGAGCCCCAUCAGCUAGGCUGGAAGCCCCUGAAGGAUUCAUACAUGGACACCCUGCCCUCCAGCCUCACAGAGGAGCACAAGGAAUUGGUCAAUGACAUGUUCAUGUGGCUUGUUCAACCCUGCCUGGAAUUUAUUCGCCUUCAGUGUAAAUUUGUGGUCCAAACAUCUCCCAUCCACCUUGCCUUCACAAUGAUGCGACUAUACUCCUCUCUGCUUGAUGAAAUCAGGGAAAUAGAAAAGGAGGAAAGUGAAUUAUUUGAAGGCCUGACAAGCCAACAGAUCUUCCUCUGGCUGCAAGGUCUGUUCCUUUUUGCCUUGGUGUGGACCGUAGCCGGCACUAUCAACGCGGACAGCAGAAAGAAAUUUGAUCUGUUUUUCCGCAACCUGAUCAUGGGUAUGGAUGAUAACCACCCAAGGCCCAAAAGCGUCAAACUCACCAAAAACAACAUCUUUCCAGAAAGAGGAAGCAUCUAUGAUUUUUAUUUCCUCAAGCAAGGUAGUGGACAUUGGUACACAUGGACAGAGUAUAUCACCAAAGAGGAAGAAAAUAUCCCAAGUAAUGCAAAGGUCUCAGAACUCAUUAUCCCCACGAUGGAGACAGCCCGACAGUCCUUCUUCUUGAAAACCUACGUGGACCAUGAGAUUCCAGUGCUGUUCGUGGGACCCACAGGCACUGGCAAAUCAGUCAUCACCAACAACUUCCUUCUCCGCCUUCCCAAAAAUACCUACCUGCCCAACUGCAUCAAUUUCUCUGCCAGAACCUCAGCCAAUCAGACCCAGGAUAUCAUCAUGUCCAAGCUGGAUCGACGUCGGAAGGGCCUCUUUGGGCCUCCCCUAGGGAAGAAAGCAGUGGUGUUUGUGGAUGACCUGAACAUGCCAGCCAAAGAGGUGUAUGGGGCCCAGCCCCCCAUCGAGCUCCUGAGGCAAUGGAUUGACCACGGUUACUGGUUUGACAAGAAGGACACAAACAGGCUGGACAUCGUGGAUGUGCUGCUUGUGACAGCCAUGGGCCCCCCUGGGGGAGGAAGGAAUGACAUUACUGGACGAUUCACUCGCCAUCUGAAUAUCAUUUCCAUCAACGCCUUUGAAGAUGACAUUUUAACCAAGAUUUUCAGUUCAAUCGCUGACUGGCACUUCGGGAAAGGGUUUGAUGUGAUAUUCUUAAGGUAUGGAAAGAUGCUGGUACAAGCUACUAUGACAAUUUAUAAAGCUGCAGUGGAGAAUUUCUUGCCAACUCCCUCCAAGUCACAUUAUGUCUUUAACCUGCGGGACUUCUCACGGGUGGUCCAAGGGGUAUUGCUCUGCCCUCACACCCACCUGCAGGAUGUAGAAAAAUUUAUCCGGCUUUGGAUCCAUGAAGUUUAUCGAGUCUUCUAUGACCGUCUGAUUGAUCAUGAGGACAGACAGGUGUUUUUCAACAUGGUGAAGGAAACCACCUCCAAUUGCUUCAAGCAGACCGUAGAGAAGGUCCUCAUCCACCUAUCACCCACUGGAAAGAUAGUCGAUGAUAAUAUCCGUAGCCUCUUCUUUGGAGAUUUCUUCAAGCCAGAAAGUGACCAAAAAAUCUACGAUGAGAUCACUGACCUGAAACAGCUCACAGUGGUCAUGGACUACUACCUGGAAGAGUUCAACAACAUCAGCAAGGCCCCCAUGUCCUUGGUCAUGUUCAGGUUCGCCAUUGAGCACAUCUCCAGGAUCUGCAGGGUCCUGAAGCAGGACAAAGGCCACUUGCUCCUGGUGGGCAUUGGGGGCAGUGGGCGGCAGAGUGCCAGCAAACUGUCCACAUUCAUGAACUCAUACGAGCUGUACCAGAUCGAGAUCACUAAGAACUAUGCAAGCAAUGACUGGCGGGAGGACCUGAAGAAGAUCAUGUUGCAGGUCGGUUUGGCCACCAAGAGUACUGUGUUCCUCUUCACUGAUAACCAGAUCAAGGAUGAGUCAUUUGUCGAAGACAUCAACAUGCUUCUGAACACGGGUGAUGUGCCCAACAUCUUUCCAGCUGAUGAGAAAGCUGACCUUGUGGAGAAGAUGCAAAUGGCAGCCAGGACAGAAGGAGAGAAGAUCGAAGUCACUCCUCUUUCUAUGUACAACUUCUUUAUUGAGAGAGUGAAGAAGAACCUUCACAUUGUCCUUGCCAUGAGUCCAAUUGGGGAUGCCUUCCGGAACCGCCUGCGGAUGUUCCCUUCACUGAUCAAUUGCUGUACGAUUGACUGGUUCCAGUCCUGGCCCACCGAUGCCCUGGAACUGGUGGCCAACAAAUUUCUGGAAGAUGUGGAGCUUGGUGACAAUAUUCGAAUAGAGGUCAUCUCCAUGUGCAAAUAUUUCCAGGAGAGUGUAAAGAAGCUGUCACUUGAUUAUUACAACACACUUCGCAGACACAACUAUGUUACCCCCACCUCCUACCUCGAAUUGAUCCUAACCUUCAAGACGCUUCUGAAUAGCAAGAGGCAAGAGGUUGAUAUGAUGAGGAACCGCUAUCUGACAGGCCUGCAGAAACUCGAAUUUGCAGCUUCACAGGUGGCAGUCAUGCAAGUAGAACUGACCGCCCUCCAACCCCAGCUCAUCCAGACCUCCAAGGAGACUGCUAAAAUGAUGGUGAAAAUUGAAGAGGAGACGAGAGCAGCAGAUGCCAAGAAACUUCUGGUGCAAGCAGAUGAAAAAGAAGCCAAUGCUGCUGCCGCCAUUGCUCAAGGAAUCAAGAAUGAAUGUGAGGGGGACCUGGCAGAGGCAAUGCCGGCGCUGGAGGCUGCACUCACUGCACUCGACACCUUGAACCCUACGGACAUCUCACUGGUGAAGUCGAUGCAGAACCCACCAGGCCCUGUCAAGCUGGUCAUGGAGAGCAUCUGUGUCAUGAAAGGGCUGAGACCAGAAAGGAAGCCAGACCCCAGUGGCAGUGGUAAAAUGAUAGAAGAUUACUGGGGGGUAUCAAGAAAGAUUCUUGGAGAUCUGAAAUUCUUGGAGAGUCUUAAGACAUAUGACAAAGACAACAUCCCUCCAGUGAUCAUGAAGCGGAUCCGGGAAAGGUUUAUCGAUCACCCAGAUUUCCAGCCGGCUGUCAUUAAAAAUGUAUCAUCUGCCUGUGAGGGUCUGUGCAAAUGGGUGAGGGCCAUGGAGGUGUACGAUCGUGUGGCCAAAGUGGUGGCUCCCAAACGGGAGCGGCUGAAGGAGGCUGAGGGGAAGCUGGACGCACAGAUGCAGAAACUAAACCAGAAGCGAGCAGAGCUGAGGCUGGUGGAAGACCGCCUCCAGGCCUUGAAUGAGGACUUUGAAGAGAUGAAUACUAAGAAAAAGACCUUGGAGGAAAACAUUGAAAUCUGCUCCCAAAAGCUGAUCAGGGCAGAAAAGCUCAUCAGUGGACUUGGGGGAGAGAAGGACAGAUGGACAGAAGCUGCCCGACAGCUGGGGAUCCGCUAUACUAAUCUGACAGGGGAUGUGUUGUUGUCCUCGGGGACUGUGGCUUACCUGGGGGCCUUUACCGUGGAUUAUCGGGCCAAAUGCCAAAAGCAGUGGUUGGCCCAAUGUAAGGACAAGGUCAUCCCCGGCUCCAAUGACUUCAGUCUCAGCAAUACAUUAGGGGAUCCCGUGAAAAUCCGUGCCUGGCAGAUCGCUGGGCUGCCCAUUGACUCCUUUUCCAUUGACAAUGGCAUCAUUGUGUCCAAUUCCAGACGCUGGGCCUUAAUGAUCGACCCUCAGGGGCAGGCCAAUAAGUGGAUCAAGAACAUGGAGAAAGCAAAUAGGCUGUCUGUCAUCAAGUUCUCGGAUUCCAACUAUGUGAGGACGCUGGAAAAUGCUCUGCAGCUUGGCACCCCUGUUUUACUAGAAAAUGUUGGAGAAGAGCUGGACGCCUUUAUUGAACCCAUCUUGCUCAAGUCCACAUUCAGGCAGCAAGGGGUUGAGUACAUGAGGCUGGGUGAAAACAUCAUCGAAUAUUCCAGGGAUUUUAAGUUAUACAUCACAACCCGUUUGAGGAACCCUCAUUACCUCCCUGAAGUCGCCGUGAAAGUCUGCCUCCUCAACUUCAUGAUCACCCCCUUAGGUCUCCAAGAUCAACUCCUUGGCAUUGUGGCCGCCAAGGAGAAGCCAGAACUGGAAGAGAAAAAGAACAAGUUGAUUGUGGAAAGUGCCAAGAACAAGAAGCAGCUGAAAGAAAUUGAAGAUAAGAUCUUGGAGGUUCUCUCCUUGUCCGAGGGCAACAUCCUUGAGGAUGAGACUGCCAUCAAAAUUCUGUCCUCCUCCAAACUGCUGUCUGAAGAAAUCUCUGAGAAACAAGAAAUUGCUUCGGUGACAGAAACACAGAUAGAUGAGACUCGGAUGGGCUACAGGCCAGUGGCUGUCCACUCUGCCACCAUCUUCUUUUGUAUCUCUGACCUGGCCAACAUUGAGCCAAUGUACCAGUACUCCCUGACAUGGUUCAUAAACCUCUACGUGCAUUCCCUGGCCCAUAGCAAGAAGAGCGAAGAGCUGGAGCUACGCAUUGAGUACAUCAUUGAACAUUUCACCCUCAGCAUCUACAACAAUGUCUGCCGCUCUCUGUUUGAGAAGGACAAGCUGCUUUUCUCCCUCCUCCUGACCAUUGGCAUCAUGAAAGAGAAAAAGCAAAUUAACGAGGAAAUUUGGUACUUCCUUCUAACCGGAGGUGUCGCCCUGGACAACCCCUUCCCCAACCCAGUUCCUGAAUGGCUGUCUGAGAAGGCAUGGGCGGAAGUGGUUCGUGCAUCCGCGUUGCCAAAACUGAAAGGCCUGAUGGAACAUUUGGAACAAAAUGCUAAUGAAUGGAAGCUCAUCUAUGACUCGGCCUGGCCCCAUGAGGAGAAAUUCCCUGGAUCUUGGAAGUUUCUUCAAGGAUUGGAGAGGAUGGUGAUCCUCCGAUGUUUGCGGCCUGACAAAAUAGUUCCAGCCAUUCGGGAGUUCAUUGCUGAACACAUGGGCAACGUGUACAUUGAAGCCCCUACGUUUGAUCUCCAGGGGUCCUACAAUGAUUCCAACUGUUGUGCACCAUUGAUUUUCGUGUUGUCUCCGGGUGCAGACCCAAUGGCAGGCCUGCUGAAGUUUGCUGAUGAUCUUGGCAUGGGAGGUGGCAGAACACAGACCAUCUCCCUUGGCCAAGGCCAAGGCCCUAUUGCUGCCAGAAUGAUCAAUACUGCCAUCAAAGAUGGGACCUGGGUGGUCUUACAGAACUGCCAUCUGGCCACGAGCUGGAUGCCUGCACUGGAGAAGAUCUGUGAGGAGGUCAUUGUUCCUGAGAGCACCAACAUCAGAUUCAGACUCUGGUUAACCAGCUAUCCGUCAGAGAAGUUUCCAGUCAGCAUCCUCCAGAAUGGGAUCAAGAUGACCAACGAGCCCCCCAAAGGGCUCCGGGCCAACCUUUUGCGCUCCUACCUCAAUGACCCUAUCUCGGACCCCGUGUUCUUCCAAAGUUGUACAAAGGCAGUGAUGUGGCAGAAGCUGUUGUUCGGCCUUUGCUUCUUCCAUGCCAUCGUUCAAGAGAGGAGAAACUUUGGACCCCUGGGUUGGAAUAUUCCCUACGAAUUCAAUGAAUCUGACCUGAGGAUUAGUAUGCGGCAGAUCCAGAUGUUUCUGAAUGACUACAAGGAGGUGCCGUUUGAUGCUCUGACCUACCUAACAGGGGAAUGUAAUUACGGAGGCAGAGUGACUGAUGACAAAGACAGGCGUCUCCUGCUGUCCCUUCUGUCCACAUUCUACUGUAGGGAAAUCGAGCAGGACCAUUACUGUCUUGCUCCUGGAGACACUUACUACAUCCCUCCCCAUGGCUCCUAUCAGUCCUAUAUCGAGUAUCUCAGGAACCUCCCCAUCACCGCCCACCCAGAAGUGUUUGGCCUCCAUGAGAAUGCUGACAUCACCAAGGACAACCAGGAAACCAACCAGCUGUUUCAAGGGGUGCUGCUGACCCUCCCUAGACAGUCGAGAGGGAGUGGCAAGUCCCCUCAGGAAGUGGUUGAGGAUCUGGCCCAGGACAUACUCUCCAAGCUUCCCAACGACUUUGACUUGGAAGUGGUCAUGAAGUUGUACCCUGUGGUCUAUGAGGAAUCCAUGAAUACUGUCCUAAGGCAGGAGCUCAUCAGAUUCAACAGGCUGACCAAAGUGGUUCGCAGAAGCCUCAUUGAUCUUGGCCGAGCCAUCAAAGGGCAGGUCCUGAUGUCCUCAGAGCUGGAGGAUGUCUUCAGUAGCAUGCUUGUGGGUAAAGUGCCAGCCAUGUGGAUGGCCAAGUCCUACCCAUCGCUGAAACCCCUGGGGGGCUACGUGGCUGACCUGUUGGCCCGUCUGGCCUUCUUCCAGGAUUGGAUUGACAAUGGGCCUCCUGUCGUCUUUUGGAUCUCUGGAUUCUACUUCACACAGUCUUUUUUGACUGGUGUCUCUCAGAAUUAUGCCCGGAAAUACACCAUCCCCAUUGACCACAUUGGAUUUGAGUUUGAGGUAACCACACAAGAAACGGUCAUGGAGAGUAACCCAGAAGAUGGGGCCUACAUAAAAGGACUCUUCUUAGAAGGUGCCCGUUGGGACAGGAAAUCGAUGCAAAUUGGAGAGUCUCUCCCUAAAAUCCUCUAUGACCCAUUGCCCAUUAUUUGGCUGAAACCUGGGGAAAGUGCGAUGUUUCUGCAUCAGAAUAUUUAUGUGUGUCCAGUCUACAAAACAAGUGCCCGGAGAGGCAUCCUCUCCACCACAGGCCACUCCACCAACUAUGUCCUCUCCAUUGAACUCCAAACAGACAGGCCCCAGAAGCACUGGAUAAACCGAGGGGUAGCCUCACUAUGCCAGCUGGAUAACUGAUGGUAUCUGUCUCAACACAGAAAAUAAAAGGCAUUUCAUUCUCGACUAUAACCUAGGUUUCUUUUCUUGAGAGUUUCAUGGUAUGAUGAUGAUGGUGAUGAUGAUGACAGUUAUAUUAAUAGAGCACCUGCUAUGAGCCAGGUAUUUCAGAGGAUCCCUAUAAAGUAGGUUAUUAUUAUUAUCUUCAUUUUAUAUGUGCGAAAACCAUGAUACAGAGAAGGUAAGUAAUCCCCAGAUCAGAUAGCUACUAAAAUAGUAGAGCCAGGAUUUGAACAUAGGCCAUGGGGGACUCUUCAAUCUAGACCUUUAGCCAUUUGGCUAAGCUCCCCUGCAGUUCUUUUUUUCCAGUUAUUUUGCUAUAACUGUCACUGAAUUUUCAUUGCUUCUUUCCCAGUCUGUCCACAUGGGCUAACAUCAGGGCCUCUCAGAGGUUGAAAGAGGUUUGGGCCACUUAUAUUUUUUAAGGCUCUUGAUAUAUUUAAAAUGCGCUUCUCACAACAAUCUUAUGAGGUAGGUACUAUCAUUAUCUCCAUUUUAGAGAUCCAUAAACAGAGGCUUAGAAAAGUAACUAGCCCAGAGUUCCACAGCUAGUCAGUGGUAGAACUGGGACCCAAAAGCUUUUCUACUGGCCUACACAGAUGGGCUGAAAUUGCAGGAAGAAAGGAGACAUGAGAGAACCAACAUGUGUUGCAUGCAUACUGUGGCCAGGGGUUGUG